UGCACCACUAGCUUACGGCGUGUAUCACGCCAGAGGACAGAUCACGAUUCAUGACGUGCUGGAAAAAGCUGGGAGGGAGGAAACAGCCGCGCGAUGGCGUUGUUGUCCUUGCCGUCAGAUCCGUCUUGUUCAGUACUGUACUGUACUUAUUUACAUCUGUACCAGAGACUGGACAGCCUUACAUAUCAGGCUGAACUCCUCACUGUAGUUCCACAUAGGCUCAACUGCCGAUUCGCCAAAAACACUUCGCAGAUGACGUGUCCCGUUCUCCAUCGCGCGCCUCACCUCUCCUUCCGAUAAUCACGGACGCCCCUUCAGAUGAAAUGUAUGCACAUUCAGUCCGAAGCGUGCUCGAGUUUUUUACAGUACGCGCUACCGUAGCUCGUGUUGUGGCGUUGCGUAAUCGACCAGUCACGGUGCUAGUAAGCACGUCGUGGACCUACUCUUGCGGCUUGAAGGGAACACCACCUACUACUUACUAUCCAGGGCCUCCUCAGCUUCGCAUUGAGCCUUCUGCCCGCUCGAGACUCCUAUUCGAGCUUACCCGCACGCUUACAACGAGCCACUUCUACGGUGGCCACUUUUACUACUACUUUCAGCGCAACACCGAUUGAUAAGUCGCUGAGCCGCGUCGUGACACAGCGUGACAGAUACUACCGAGUACAUUCUUGUCUCCUUCGGCUAGAUAAUCUCCAGGAGUGGAUAUCCACCUGUAAGCCCGUAAUUUUCGGUAGUAGCGACUGGGUUUCAGGCAUCGUCCUCCUGCCGAGGCCGUAAUCCUGCUCAGGAGGCAGUAGUAAUUUCCUGAGACUGCGCGGAGUUCUACCACCCUCAUCGUCCUACUUCUCGUAACCUCGUAUCGCCACCGGCGAUCAUGGCUAUGCCUGCUCCUGCUCAGGCCGUCAACGCCGUGCUGACGGAGCCGUACGUGGUGGUGGGAAGCCAGUACUGCGUGCCGUACGAGACGGUGCUUAUACUGAAGGAGAAGAUGUUCUCGCUGCGCGAAAAGGCGGAGAUCCACGACUCUCAAGGCAACCUAAUCUUCAAGACGGAAGAGAGUGCAUUGUCCCUUCGUGACCGCAAGACCAUAUUCAACUCAAAGGACGAGCCGGUCUGCACGAUUAUAAGCAAGGUGUUUUCCCUCCACAACACCACCUACCUCUGCUCGGGUACCAGCACGGAUGUCAAUGAGGCAUUGCUGACUGCAAGGAGCAAGUUCUUCUCCUUCGCACCCAUUCUCAAUAUUUUCCUCAAAGGAAACACCUCUGACAACCCGGACAUUGUUCUCAAAGGCUCUAUAGCCCAACAUCAAUUCGAUAUUGCGACAAGCAAGGGAGUGAUCCUUGCUCAGGUGCAACGUGAUAUCUGGUCUGCAAAGGAGUUCCUGGCUACCCAAUCCUACUCUGUGCGGAUCAAGCCCCACGCCGACGUGGCUCUCAUUAUGGGGCUUGUUGCAAUGGCUGACGAGAUAUUCGUCAAUGAGGAGACAAAGUAAUAUGGAAGUUCUUAGUUAUCCACGAGUACUGCAGGAGCAAGUGAAGCCUCACCCUCGUGCUCUAGACUGAACAGGCUCGAAGCACUUGAAACCACGUUGUAUUGCAUGCAACCCGUGUUGGAAGCAUUUGUAUCAUCGCCACCCAUGUAUUUCUUUGAACCCGGUUC